AUGGGCCAGAGUGCCUCCACCCAUUUAUUUGGGAGCAACCUCAUACGAUUUGCAAUUGGUGUUGUGUGCCUCUGGCCCUUGUGGGGAGGAAUGGAGGCGUCCAGGUGA